GGUGGGACCGGCCCGGGUAUCCCGGGCGGGGUGUCCCGGGGGCUCCACCUAUUCCCGAUCUUCCGCCUGCUCCCCGCAGCCCCGCUGGGUUCCCGUUUUCCAGCCGCGCCGCCGGAAGUUCGAGGUGUUCAGGAACUGCGGAUCACAAGGCACAGCAGGGCAGGGAAGGUUGACAUCAGCCGGAUAAAGCUGAGGCUUGGACGAAUCACAAGCCCUGUCCUACCCUUUCCUGAGCCUCCCACCAUGGACGGUUCCUGUGAGGACCCUCCCACCUCUGCCCUGCUCCUGGACAGCUGCCACUUCUCCCACGUGCUCUUCAACGAUGUGGAGAAGUUCUAUGUCCCUGGAGGAGACGUGACCUGUCACUACACCCUCACCCAGAACAUCACUGCCCGUGGCAAGGACUGGGUGGGCAUCUUCAGGGUGGGGUGGAAAACAACCCGGGAAUAUUACACCUUCAUGUGGGCCCCCCUGCCUGCUGCUGGCCACGGGGACACUGCUGUGCAGCAGAAGAUCCAGUUCAAAGCUUACUACCUGCCCAAAGAUGAUGAGUACUACCAGUUCUGCUACGUGGACCAGGAUGGGAUGGUCAGGGGGGCCAGUGUCCCUUUCCAGUUCCGGGCAGAGGCUGAGGAUGACAUCCUGGUGGUCACCACACAGGGGGAGGUGGAGGAGAUCGAACUGCAGAACAAAAACCUGCGGCAGGAGAACGAGGAGCUGAAGGCGAGCUGUGCAAACCUCCAGCAGCAGAACCUGGAGCUGCAGGAGGAGCUCAAGAAGACACAGGAGCUGCAGAAAAGUUUGGAGUCUUUAAGGAGCAACACAGAGAAACUGGAGCUGGAGCUGAACUCCCUGAAAGUGGAGAAUAAGCACCUGAAGGAGCAGGGUGACUGCACAGGAGCAGAGCUGCAGCAGCUCAAAGAGCAGAUCCAGAGCGUGACCUCGGAGAAGGAGCGCCUGGAAAGCAGGCUGAGGACUGCCCUGGAUCACAUGGACCAGCUGCAGUCCCAAGUGCUGAACUAUGAGAAAGAAGUGGAAAACUUGUCUCACGUGGACCAGGAGAAGACAGAGCAGCUGGAAACCUUAAAGGAGGAGAAUCAGCAGCUGCGCUUGAGCACGGCCCAGCAGCAACACGACCUGAUGAAAGAGCUGGAGGAGCAGAAGCAUUUGUUUCAGGUCCUGCAGGCAGAGAAGGAUGAAGCUGAUGAGGAAAGUCAGAAGCUGCGGGCUGAGAACAGCGCUCUCCUCAGGCACCUCUCGCAGGCCACCGAGCUCUCCCCCCUCUCUGCCCUCCCCCGAGCUCCAGCUGCAGCUCCAGCUCCUGGAGCAGGAGACCUUCUCUUUGGAAAUCCAUACAGUGCUGCAGGAGGAAACCUGGGGGCAGGAGCUGAAGCCUCUCUGAGGGUGUGCCCCUUGUGUGGGGAGCUGUUCCCUGGGGCCGUGGAGAGCAGCGAGUACGAGGCCCACGUGCGGAGUCACCUCCUGGACUGUCCCAUGUGCACAGAGAGCUUCGAGAACAAGCAGGUCUAUGAGGACCAUCUGCUCUGCCACAGGCUGGAGUAAAUCUGAGUUCCUGCCUCUCUGUAGAAGAGGUGAGAACAGCCCAAAAUCCCUGUGCAGGCUCCACUGGUGCUGAGCUCCCCCGGGACUGUCACUCUGAGCUCCCUGGUCCAGCCAGCACAUGAAUCAGGGCAAACCCCCACAUCCUGCAGCUGAGUCACCCUCAGCAAGCUCAACCCCUGCCUUGGGCAAAGUCUAUCUGCUUCUUAAACAACCCACAGCUCCUACAAUUAGUAAUUUAGUUGACUAAGUAACGGGGACCCAGGUGAUGGGACAUAGAACUGCAGUUUUCUGUGCUUGGCUGAUGCACCUCCCAUGUAAUUAUUCUUUAUUUUGGCAUUCUGGUGGGUAACCAAAGACCAGAAGCAUUUUACAGAACCUCUCAGGAUCACGCUUCCAGCUUCUGGAAUGCAGAAUUAACAAGGGAAAACCUAAAUAAAAAUACAUCUUCUUUCACCCUGCAAAGCAGGUGAGAGAUAUUUGUAAA